AUGUCUCGGAUGAAGAAGACCAUGAGCAGUGAGUGUCUGCUGCCUUACUACACGGCCCACAGUUACCGCUCCACGGGGGUGUUCAAUACCUCCAUGGGGGAGCUGCAGCGGCAACUCUACAAGGGAGGGGAGUACGACAUUUUCAAGUACGCGCCCAUGUUUGAGAGCGACUUUAUCCAGAUUAGCAAGAAGGGAGAAGUGAUCGACGUGCACAACCGAGUCCGCAUGGUGACCGUGGGCAUCGCCUCCACCAGCCCCAUCCUCCCCCUCCCCGACGUCAUGCUGCUGGCCCGGCCGGCCAAAGUGUGCGAGGAGCACCUUCGAUGGAGCCGGGUCAAGGGGAGACGCAAGCCCCCCAAGACCCUCGAGCUCACCAGGCUGCUCCCCUUGAAGUUUGUCAAGAUCUCCAUCCACGACCGCGAUAAACAGCAGCUCCGUCUCAAGCUGGCCACGGGCCGCACGUUCUACCUGCAGCUCUGCCCCUCCUCGGACGCGCGGGAAGACCUCUUCAGCUACUGGGAGAAGCUCGUCUACCUCCUGCGCCCGCCCGUCGAGAGCUGCAGCAGCGCGCCCACCAUUCAGACCGGCGACAUCCCCAUUGUGGAAGACAUCAAGAGCCAGGUGUCCUCAGACAUCCAUGGAGAAGGGGAUCAGGAUUCUGGGUCUCCGAAGCGCUGCGAGCUCUCUGGAGCCUCCUCUUCUGCAUAUGCCGGGGGAGAAGGCCUACUACCGGCACCCUCUACCCAAGUAGCCUCCAGCUCUUCAAAGCCAUCUGCGGGGGGCACAGCAGGACCAACCUACAGCAUGGCAGUUGCAGGAUCCAGAACGGGCUCCGCCGCAAGCCUGGCCAUUGUGGGAUCCACCACCAGCGCCACCUCGUGCGCGGGGAGCCUCACCACCACCAAGCACCAGAGUUCUGGCCACCUCACAGCAGCCGUGGCAGGCAGCACCAGCAAGGAUCUCAAGGGAAGUGGGGCUAGCAAGACCCUGGCGGCCGCCACCACCGUGGGUUCCUCAGAAGGCGUCAACGUGGCCGUGGCGGGCACGGGCAGCACGUCGUCGGUGGACAUGUCCACCGCGGGGGUCACCAGCAUGUCCGCAGACAGCAGUCUGAGCGUGGUCUUUUCGGGUACCCUGCUCACCAAUACGCCCGAGGGGGAGAAAGGCAAGGCCGAACCCAGUGCCCCCCCGCCCCUGGUGUCCACUUUGAAGAGCGAAGGCUACAUGAGUGAACGCGAUGGCAGCCAGAAGCAGGGGCCCACCAUCCACAAGGAGAAAAGGGAAAGAAGAGAGAAGAGAGAGAAAACCGCCAGCCAGAAAAGUUCCCACCACUGCAGAACAGGGGAGAGCCACCACAGGAUGAACAAGGACAAGACGCGCAAGUCAUCUUCCCACAAAUCCGUGUCCAGCCACGGCCACCGAAAGGAGGAGCACAAGAAGCCAACCAAAGGGCAGAGCUCCACGCGGGGCAAGAGACGCGGGUCUCCUCACAAGAGCACCAGCCGCAGCUCCAGCACCAAGGAGGGCAGGCCGGCUCACAAGCCAAGACCGACCCGAUCUGGGGGUGCCACGGGCACUGUCAGCAAGAAACCAAGCAAGAUCAGCUCUUUCCUGAGGAAUCUCAUAGCCAUUCCCAGUUCAAAAACCAUGGUCAGCUCGCACAAACGGGAGGUGGACAUCAUGGCUAAGAAGGUGGAGAAAUGCAACAUUGAGACCAAGGUGGAGAAAGGCCAAGAGGGCCAGGAGCUGGGGAUCAGUGGUAAGGUCAUGUCGGAGACAACGGAAAUGAUCAUCUUUGAAGCCAAACCAUUUAAGUAAAGAACCAGCCAGAGCAGAAAGCUGUGACACACAUGCAUGCACACACCACACACACACAUACACACACACACACACACACAUUUUCUCUCUCUCUCUCUCUCUCUCCUGGGGUUCAGGGAAGCAGCCCCAGACAACCAAUUCCAGCUUUCUGAACAGCAGUUGAAAAGAAUAAAGGUCCCAUGCCUC